AUAAAAGCAAAGAGCAUUUGCAGAUCGAAUGUAGAUCUUCAUUACGAAAGCUUUAUUGCAGUUUACCUAAGAAAAUCGAAAAGCAGAAAUAUGAAAUUCUUGGUUUGCUUGGCCCUCUUUGCCUGUUUGGCUGUUGUCUCUGUGAACGGUCUUGCCGGUCAAUCGGCUUGCCGUGACCCCACUGAGGUUCAUCAGAAAUUCCCCCAUCACUGGGAUCCAUCCAAGUACUGGUAUUGUGAAAAAUUGAAUGAAAAUGCCGUUGAAAGAGAUUGCCCCAAGGAUACCGCCUACAUGCAUUUGUUGAAGGAAUGCAUUCCCUGGCCCAACUGGGUCUGGAAGAAACCUGAAAAUCCCCCAACUGUAGCCUAAGAAGGGCAUUAUCAUAUAAAUGCGAAUUCGAAUGCGAUGAAUAAAAUGAUUUGAAAAUAAAAAUUAAAUGUUAUAUAA